AUGGCUUCAUCUGCGCGUGUGUGUGUGUUUAUACUAUUAUGUGCGUACGCGCAUGGAUUGCAAGUGAACACAACAGAAGGUAUUGUGGAAGGAAGAAGAGCUGUUGAUGGAGAUUAUUUUACGUUUAAUUCAAUACCCUACGCUGGACCUACCGACGGGGCAAACCGGUUUAAAAGCCCCACACCUCCUGCACCAUACCCGGCGCUACUCAACACGACGGAAACCACCGUAAUAUGUGCUCAACCAACAGAGCGAGGCCUCAUAGGCGUAGAAAACUGUCUGUUCCUCAAUAUAUUUACCAGAAACGUUACAACUCCAAAGCCAGUCAUUGUAUGGCUCAAUGCCGACGAUUACACCAAUACAAAUUUGUUAAAUCAACAAUAUUCGUUUAGAAGAUUUGUGGAACAAGAUAUUGUCUUUGUAUCAAUGAACUUCCGACUCUCUGUCUUUGGAUUUCUAUGCUUAGGCGUCCAAGAAGCUCCCGCUCCUUGGGCUGUAGCAUAUGAUCCUGUUGGUUAUGCUGAACUUUUCGGAUCAAGGCUUGGAUAUAGUGGCAAAUCUAGAGAGGACUUGGCAAAACAUUUGGUAUCUACAGAUAUAAAUGUCUUGCAAACAGCACUUCGAGAGUUCAGUUUUCAAAAUAAUACUCCAUUAUUUGCUCCAUGUAUUGAAAACCUAGAACUGAACCCCAACGACACGGUUUUAAUCGAUGCUCCAAUUAACAUAUUACAAUCUGGCAACUUCCUACCGGUACCAUACAUUUCUGGUUAUACGACUAGGGAAGGAACCAUGAGAGCAAGUCAAGCAGCUUCUGGAGAAUGGUUGGAUGCCAUGCAGACAAACUUUACAGAAUUCUUACCAGUGGACUUGAAUCUCAGUAAUAACCAAACAGUCGUGGCAGCAUCUAUACGUGAUUUUUACUUUGACACUAAACCAGUCAGCAUGGAAACGAUUGAAGAUUUCUUGGAUUACCAAGGCGACACUCUUAUCGUCGUUUCUGUAAUUAGAGGAGCUAGAGAAAGGAGCUUACAAUCUACAGGAGAAGUGAGACUUUUGGAGUUUGGAUACAUGGGAACGCGCCUAUCUGAUUGGUUUUUCCCCCAAAUUCCCUUAGGCGGUGUAAGACACGGAGGCCUCCUAAAUUUCUUAUUUGAUUACGAUUUGAGGCCUGCCGAUGAAUCUGUGAUGAGAUCAAUCGUGAGACGUUUUAUAGGAUUCGCAUAUACCGGAGUGCCAAAUAUUUUGGGAGAUCCCUUAGCCCCUACGUGGCCAGCAAUAACCAGAGAUGAUCUAACUUACUACAUUUAUGAAGGCAUCGACAUGGCGGCAAUAGGCAACCCAGUGGCGAUCCACGACGAAGAACUGAGAUUUAAUCCCCACAAUAUUACUAUGACUUUCUGGAACGAUAUCCUGGCCAGAUAUUACGUACCACCGAGAGCCUUCAACUCUUCUGGCAAAGUAUUGAGCAGUAUUACUUUUAUUAUGAUGUGUCAGAUGGUAAUGCGUUUAUUUUAA